AUGAAGUACCCAGUGGAGUGUGUUAGCAAUGCCGCUUGCGUAGCGUAUGCGCAGCGUACACCUCCGAAACUGGAGUAUAUCGAGACCUUAGGGAGAUGGGCACAAAGAUUCAGAUGUUACUAUGAAGAGAAAAAGCAAGUUUUGAGCGAUACAAAAUUAACAAAGAAAAGCAGAUUGGAAGCAGUUACAGAAGAAGAUGGCAGAGAGGAUAACGGAACAUUGUUUAAGGACCACUUCACCUCUCCCUCAGGUUUGGGAGAUAUUGGAGUCAUUGAAAGCAUAACCAUAAAGAACUUCAUGUGUCAUCAUUCACUUGGUCCUUUCCAGUUUGGGCCAAAUGUGAACUUCAUUGUUGGCAGCAAUGGAAGUGGGAAAAGUGCCAUCCUCACUGCUCUAAUAGUGGGUCUUGGUGGAAAGGCUACCAUUACUAACAGAGGAGUAUCUUUGAGGGGUUUUGUGAAAAAUGGUGAAAGCACAGCAGAUGUGACCGUGAAACUGCGGAACAGAGGGCCAGACGCAUAUAAAGGGGAUGUCUAUGGGGACAGCAUUUGUAUUGAACAGAGGAUUUCUUGUGAUGGUGUUCGGACGUGUAGGUUAAAGAGCAAGUCAGGGCACUUAGUUUCGAAUAAAAAAGAGGAGUUAACUUCAAUUUUAGAUCACUUCAACAUCCAGGUGGAUAACCCAGUCUCAAUUCUUAAUCAAGAAAUGAGUAAGCAAUUUCUGCAUUCCAAAAGCGAGGCAGAUAAGUAUAAGUUCUUCAUGAAAGCGACUCUAUUGGAGCAGAUGAAGAGAGACUACAUUCAUAUAAAGCAGACUAAAGCAGUUACUAGAGAACAGGUUGAGCUACAAGAAGAGUGUCUAAAAGAUCUUAAGCAGGAGUUUUUACAGAAGAAGGAGAGGUAUGAAAAUUUGUCAUCUGUUGGUAACAUGAAGAAGACUCUGGAGGAUCUGAAGAAAAUGAUGGCGUGGUGCUUGGUGAGAGAAAAAGAGUGUAUUGUUCAACAGCUACAAGAGCAAAUCGAUGCUGAGGAGAGUAAUCACAAACAUGAAGACAACCUUCAACUCUGUCAGAAUAAAGUGUCAGUGGCUGAAGAGAAAUUACAGGACAUGCAGAGCAGGCUUGAAAGUCGGAGGGAGGAGGAGGAGACCUUAUCAGAAGACUGUCUAAAGAUAAAGGAGGAAGUGAAGGCCAAGAUUAAAGCCCAGAAGGAACAGGAGGUGGUUUACUUCCGUGCUCUGAACAAACUGAAGCAGUCUGAGAAGGAACAGUGUCUUCUUCAAGAGAGAAUUAACAAAGUGAAAAAUCUUGGACGUCAGAAUCAGGCGGCCGAGGCAGAGCACUCAAAGAGACUGCAGAAAAUCUCCAGUCUGAGGACGCAGCUGGAGAAGCAUGAGGAGGAGUGCAGAACUCUAAAUCAGGAGAUCAAGGACAAGCAACAGGCUUUGUUUAAAGGGAAGGAGGAGCUGGACAAGCUAAGGUUGGAAGAGAAGAAUAUCCAGGUGUCGAUGGAGGCUAAACUGAAGAGGAAGAACCAGCUCCUGGCCAGUAGAUCCAACAAACUGAAGCGUUUUGGAGAUAACAUGCCUGACCUGCUCGACACCAUAUACAAGGCUCACAUCCAAGGACGCUUUAUUAAGAAACCUAUUGGCCCCAUAGGUGCAUGUAUAAACCUGAAGGACCCUACACUUGCUGUAGCAGUGGAGAGCUGCUUGAGAAGCUUCAUGAAGACCUUCUGCUGUGAUAACUAUAAGGAUGAGGCUGUCCUACAGGAGUUGAUGUCACACUACUUCUCUAAAGGCAACCGGCCCCAGAUCAUCGUCAGUGCCUUCUCAAACACUGUCUACAAGGUCCAAGGGCGGGGAGUGAAUCACCCUGACUACCCAUCUGUGCUGGACUCUUUGAUCAUCGCCAGCCCAGUCAUCACCAACUGUCUGAUCGACAUGAGAGGAAUAGAAUCCAUUCUCAUUAUUAAGGAGAAGCAUGCAGCUAGGAAAGUGAUGCAACAUGGCCGACCCCCGAGGAACUGCCGCGAGGCCUUCACUGUGGAAGGAGAUCAGGUUUACCCCAACCGCUACUACACCCCAGAUUUCAGUACUGCCAAAUACCUCGGGGGGGAUCUGGAGACAGAAAUUCGUAUGGUGGAGUCAGAGCUGGAGAACUACAAAGCCCAGCUCUCUCGCUUUCAGCAACAUGUGAGGUCUGUCACUGAGGACAUCCAGCACAUGGAGGCCCAGCUACACAGCACCAUCAUGACUCUGAAAAAGACUCUGGCCACAGUGAAUCAGGUCAAGGCCAGUGUGACCGAGCUGGAGAAUGUUGAGGAGGAACAGACUGAUGACAUCAGCACUUUGGAGGAAGUGGCUCAAGAGAACCAACAGAGAAUUGAUUGCGAGAAGAAAACUAUGGAAGAAGCAAAGAAGGAGCUGGAAGAGCAUCAGAAGAGGACAGGAGACGUUGAAGGGCAGUAUAAAGAUGUGAGGAACAGGAUAGAACAGCUGGCUGAAGAGAUGGAGCCACUAAAGGAGGAUCAAGGAAAGGCUGAGGUAGAGUGCUGUAAACUAGACAAAACCCUGAAGAUUCUCGAGAAGAAACUCAAGGAUCAUCAAGACAACAUACAGGCUAUGAAAACUGACCUGGUACUGAGAGAAGAGGAGGUUGCGGAGUUUGUGGCCAAAGCCAAAGAGAUCAGCCCGGAGCGCAGAAAGGUGGACCGCAGUGCCAAGAGUAUUGAUGUGGAGAUCACAAGGCUACGAAAGAAGAUUGGCGUUCAGGAGAGUAGCCAUGGGGACCACGAGCAGGUAGUCAGAGAGUAUGCAGAGGCCCUGGCUAACUACAGGGACAAAUCUAACCAAGUGAGAGAUCUAAAGAAGUUCAUCGAUCGUCUGGACAACAUCAUGUCCGACCGGCAGACCCGCUACAAAAUAAUGCGCCGGUCCCUCUCUGUUAGAUGCAAGUUGUACUUCAAUAAUUUCCUGAUAAAGAUGAACUGCUGUGGGUCCAUGAUGUUCGAUCACAACAAUGAGACCCUGUCCAUCUCGGUUAAGCCGCCAGGCCGAGAGAAUGACGGCAUGAGCGACAUGCGUUCCCUGUCUGGAGGAGAGAGGUCCUUCUCCACAGUGUGCUUCAUCCUCUCCCUGUGGGAGAUCACAGAGUCCCCCUUCAGGUGCCUGGACGAGUUUGAUGUCUACAUGGACAUGCACAAUCGUCGUAUCUCCUUGGACCUACUCCUGGAGCUGUCAGAGCGGCAGCACCUUCGUCAGUUCUUCUUCAUCACGCCACUUUCUACCAGCAAUCUGCCAGAAAGUGACCAUAUCAAGAUCCAUCAGCUUCAGGAUCCAGAGAGAGCGAAAGGGCAGACAGGAGAGUAGGAGUGUGUUAUUGGUGAUUAAUUAAAAAGCCAUCAGAAACAAUGAGUGACUGUAAAGACCCAGAGACAUUUUGGCUGAGUGAAUCCUGGGAGACUGACUGGGGGACUUCUCUGCCAUACAGGUGUGCACCAUGCAGAUGGAUGAAUAAUCAACAUUUCCAGUGAAAUACAGUAUUAUGCAUUUUUGCAACAGAGAAAUUUAAUUAAUGUUUGUUUUCCAGUAGUAUGUGUUUUUUAGCUUACUGUAUGUGUACAAUAGUAUUGUACACUGGUUGUAAAUAUUUUACUUAGUCUGCUUACAGUUUAAUACACUGUAUGUUCUUAUAUACUGGCCAUUUUGUUGUUUACCCUGCCAUAUUAUUGAUUUAUCUUGCUGUAUUUGGUUUUACAUGGUUUGAAUGACUAAAAAAAGUCAGUUGAAUUGCUAAUUUAUUAAGUUGAAAUUGUUAUUGUUACAUUAAAGUUUGGUAACAAAUUUUUGCAGAACCGUUCAUAUUUGUCAUCUGUCUUCAGUUGUUAUACAUUCAAUGAAACAGACAGAGGUUUCAAAAAUGAGAGAAUCUUCUAAUAUUUAAAGAAUAUCUUGAGGGUUAAUUGUUCACCUAAAACAACAAUGAAAUCCAACCAAAAAC